AUGGAUGUCUUCAUGUAUAUAUGGCGAGUGAAGACUUCUUUGAGGCAUUGGACACUGGACCGUGUUGCUUUCAUGCCCACUUAUUUUUUCCUUCAAAUUGAAAAAGCAUACCUCAGCUUUACAGGUAAUCUCUGGAUAGCUGUCUGCGUCAAUUUCAUUGAGAAGAUAGUUGAAGUAUUUGGCUGCUUGCAGGGAAGGAAUAGGCAAUACGUGGAGAAGUUUUCUGUUAUGAUUCCUAGGAUAGUAAAGGCUGUUGCACCACCUGAAAACAAGAAGUAUCUACUGGAAAAGUAUUAUAUCGUAGAGGUACCUCUAAAGGCUAGAUUGAACAAGAGUUUAUGUGACUGCGGGGCAUAUGCACUCAAAAAUUUGGAAUGCCAACUCCUUGGUCUUGACCUCAAUUUAGUGGAUGAUGAAAUUAUCCAGCGUUGUUGUCAAAAGAUUGCUCUGGAUAUAUGGGAGGCUAAACAAAAUCCCAUUUUAAUUGAGUUGAUGACACAAUAUGUGCCUUCUAAUUUUGAGUCAUCUAUUGUAUUCGACCUCGUAGAAGACUGA